AUGAGUAUUCCAGAGCUUGAGGGGCCAGCAGAGCAGUAUUAUGAUGAAGAGCAGUCUGCAAAGUACACGCAGAACAGUAGAAUAUGUCAUGUUCAAAGAGAGUUAGCAUUGAGAUGCGUUGAAUUGCUUGGUGUUGAGAAGGGAGGGCUUGUAUUGGAUGUUGGAUGUGGGUCUGGACUGAGUGGAGCGGUUCUUUCUGAGUGUGAAUAUCCUUGGGUUGGGAUUGAUAUUAGUGGAGACAUGUUAGAUCUGAGUGUGAGUUUGAAGGCUGGAGGAGAGGGAUAUGUUAGGAUGGACAUGGGAGAAGGGUUGCAUUUCCAGCCUGGGACGUUUGAUGGAGUGAUAAGUGUGAGUGCGAUUCAAUGGUUGUUUUACUCGUACUCGAGCAAUUCGAAUCCGACCCGACGGAUCCGAACGUUUUUUACAACGCUGUACUCGAUCUGCAAGUCUGAUGGGAGAUGUGUGCUUCAGUUUUACCUAAAGAAGCAGGAGCAGAUUGAGAUGCUUAGGAACGAGGCGGUGCGAGCAGGAUUUGAUGGAGGAAUACAGAUUGAUGGAGAAGGAACCAGGAAUGCGAAAAGUUUUCUGGUCCUUACCAUGAAAGGGAGGAAAAGGCGUGAUGAAAAGAAAAAGCGGGUUGGAAGGAUUGAUCUGAUCAUGAAGAAGAAGGAGCGGUUGAGAAAGAAGGGAAUAGAGGUGCCUAGGGAUAGCAAGUAUACUGGAAAGAGGAGAUCUAAGAGAUAG